AUGUCUGAGCAGAUGGAGGGCUUCCAUAACCAUUUUCGGUUGACAUGGAAUCAACUGUGGGGUGCUUGCAGUGGCACUGGCAAGCGGCCAGCCGGCCUUUCAGCCCGCCAGAUGAUCAUGAUGGGCCUGCAAUUCUGUUCCCAGCUCGACUUCCACCACUCCAUCGAGGAACAACAUAUUUUCCCCGUGCUGGCUAAGAAAAUGCCCGAGUUUCGGAAAGAACUGGAUCUACUCAAGCAGCACAAGCAGAUUCAUGCGGGUCUCGAAAAGCUCGAGGCAUACUUGGAUAGCUGUCGCACUGGUGAAGAGGAUAUGCGUCGCGAAGAAGUGAAGCGGUUGAUGGAGGGGUUCGGCAAAGUGCUGUGGCAGCAUUUAGAUGAGGAGGUUCAGACACUGAAGGCGGAUAAUAUGCGCAAGUAUUGGUCUGUUGAGGAAAUGCGCAGACUCCCUAUGUGA